AGAAAAAAUAAAAAAAAAACGGUCUCUCACUCACACUGCUCACCCAGUCCCGACCUCCCUCGACUCACUCACACUGCUGCAACUCUCCGGUGCCUUCACCAGCCGACUUCUCCGGCGCCACCGCCGAAAUCUUGAAGUCAAUUCUCUCUCAACUCGACCACUUCAGGUACUUUUUGUUUCCUCCCACGAGUAGCAAAGAGUAUGAUGAUCGCGUGAUGGUGCUAGUGUAUACGCUGUAGUGUGAACCACAGCCACUCAAAAGAAAAAGACUUGUACACUCAAAUGGCAAAUCAAAUUCGAAACCCUUCUGCUGAACUCGAAGGCCUGUUAAGAGAUCAUACCUCGUAUCAAAAUCCGGAAUUUUUGGCUGUAUCAGGGCAACAUAAGUACCAUUUUUCUUCCAAUCCUUCAUACCCCGAUGGCAGUGUUGAAAACCUUCGGUACAUUAAAUACGAACCAAUCAGAGGGAUAGAGUGCUUUGCCACGGGACAGAUAUUUGACAAUUGUGGUGAUGCUAUUGAACAUUGGAAGAUUCAAAAAAGAUAUGACGCAAGAUUUGUCAUGCACCCACAGGAAUGUGUAACGGUGAAACAUGAUUCGAAAGUUCUUUACAUGUUGAUUUUCCCCAAGGUUAUCAGAGACAUUAGCGUAUGGAUUGAAGAACAUGCCAAAGGACAAGUUUCAGAUGUGGAUAUGUGGGAGGUCCUGAAGAAGACUGAGAAAGCAAUGAGAUAUUUAUCGGUGGAAUCACACUCACGUCGAUCACAUGGAAAUCUCUUGAGAGGCAUUGGUAUAGCAGCGGAUCUUAAUGUUUACUUCUUCAACUUCGGCGCUGAUAAAAAAGGAUACAGUACUGAUAUCCAAGUUCUUGAUGAUAUUCUCACAUCCAUUGAGCCUAAGUUGGUGGAUCCUACAAUUCAACAUUGUGUCACUCGGUGGAAGUCCUUUCUCUCUGUGGCUUGUUCACUGUCUUCUUGUGCUACUACGCCACCUCUUUUUUGUCCCUUUGACUCUAACCAUGUCAGAGUUAUUCUUCAUUAUCCGGCAUCUUGGGACGAUGAAGAGAAACUUCGGUUCUUGGCAAACAUUCAUAAAUUAUGCACGGACAAGUGCCACCGGUAUCCUUCCAAUUUGAUGAAUGAUAGCACAUUUGAUGCUGAGAUGGCGAAAAAAUAUUCUAACUGGGGAAAUCUCAUAAGUGCCACAACUAAUGCCUUAUCCCAAGUUUACCAAUUUGGUUGCCGCCAAGGAAAUUAUUUGAGAACUGAUCGAGCGGGCAACUGGGUCUUAUGGGAGGCAUCAGUGGUUUUGUUUGCUCAUAAUAGUGUCAAGCACUAUUCUGAGAGAGCCCAAGCGCAUAACAAUAAGCUAUUAAACAAUCCUUCUCUUACAUAUAUGCCGGAGCUUAUAUCAAGUCAAGUUCUUGAUGCAUUAUAUCAAGAAUUUUCCAAGUUUAUUGAAGAUAUAUAUGAAGCUUUUUACAAGGCCUUGGAGAAUGGAUAUAGGCAUCACAUGUUCAAUCUUUCUCAGAUAUUGAGUGGAAGAUUAUAAGCUGCAGACAUCUUGGUCGAUUAAUGGCUUAUUCACAGCCGCCUUAGCAAUCUGAUGAGUACUUUCUUAUUUCGAAUCUACUGAAGCCUUUCCACAUUGACUUUCCUAACACCUUUCUAGUAGCUAUCUACUGCUAGCAGCUCCUGUUUGCUCCAAGCAUUAUGGUAAGUACUGUAACUAUGAAGUUGUACUCUUUCCCUACUUAUGGUUUCUGGAGCUAUUGCAACUUGCCGCAGAUUCUUCACUAUCUUUCCCCAAGUUCUUUGCUUCUUGAUUUUUUGUUAAUUAAGAUUUUCCCUUUGGUUGUUAGAAACUAUAAAGAAACAAUUGUUGUUUUUAUAAAAUAUGUAAAAAAUCUAAAUAUAUGCCGAGUUCAAAUCACUAUGCUGAGUUGAGGAUGGUACCUCGGCUGGCAAUGCUUGGGUUUGCCUGAUAGCUAGGCAGGUGCCAUGUUUUUAUGACCUGGUUAGAUUGAUACUUGUUGGACUCUCACCAGACCUUGAUGACCUCCCACAUUGGCUUAUGCUUUUGUAAGUAGACCAAUUUUGUCAUAGCUUGGCUUAAGCACUAGAGUAUUAAGAGAUAUCUUUUUAUUUUUAGGGAUUUAUAAAAUUUUCAGUAUGUUUCUCUUUAGCCUAUUUAAAUUGUUGCUACUUGUUAUCUUGUAUUCAUUUUCCAUCUGAUCUGUUAAAAAAAAGAAAAUCCAUUGAAAUAGGAAUCUAAGGUCAUGGUUGGUUGUUUUGUAUUUAAAAGAACAGAUAUUUUGCAAAACCAGAUUCUGCUGUUAAAGAUGUUCAUAUAAGAUCAAGAAGUGCAACCUUAUUUUUUUUUUUUUUUUAAACAAAGACUAACAUUUCUUGGUCUGCUCUAUUAAGCCUCUUAAUGAAUGAAAUGAUUUGGUGUUAUGAACUACUUCAAUCCAAAAGUACAUAUUUUAAAGUAAUCAGAGAAUCACUUAUACUUCAAUAUUAGUAAAUGCACGGAUUUGCGAAAUUGAGAUCGUAAUCCGUACCGAUGCGGGUGCAAUACCCGUUGGAUACGGUAUGGAUAUGCAUCGCAUCUGAUUUGGAUAACUUAUUUGUAAAUAAAUUGGGUACACGGGGGUAUAAUUGACUUUCUAACCCUAAAAAUAGAAAAAGAAAAUAAAAUAAAAGAGGAUAAACACAAACCCACAAGUCUUCCCCUUCUACUUCGCCCACCCGAACAGAGGUAUUCUCCUCCUCCUCUUCUGAAUUCAAUUUCGUCGGUGGGUGUGGUAUAUUUGAUUGAAUAUGAUCCUGGGUUGAGUAUCUUUUGAAUUCCUCACCUGAACCAGACCCUGUUGUUGAUGACGACCCUCCAUCUAUUACUAUCUCGGUACUUUACAGCAAUCUUUUUUGGCAAUGUGGCUUCUGUGUUGGGAAACUGAGGUUUUAUAAUCUGUAAAUGAGGGUUCAUGUGGUAGCUUCUUGAGCUCAUGUCGACAGGUGGUUAUGGAAGGUUCGACACGUAGUUACUUACUUCUAGUCCUAGUAACUCCUCUAGUGCAACUCCUCCAGCUCUCAAUCUAAAAUUUUUUUAAAAAAAUUUAUUCGGCGUAUCUUUCCCGUAUCCUAAAACAUUUAAGAUUUCUCGUUUCCUCGUAUUUCAUCAUAUCGUAUCUGCAUACUCGUAUCCGUAUCAGUGCUUUAUUGUGUGAAUGUAUUGUACAUGAUGAUAACUGUAUUCCAACUUGACUGUAGUAGCCGAAGAUAUCCUGUGGUUCAUUAUAGAAACUCUGUUGAGUUGCAUGAACCUUCUGUUAGCUAGACUGUCAAAUUCUGUACUGUAGUACUUGAUCCAAAUUUGAACGUCAUAUGAACCAGCUCUCUAUCUGCAUGUGUCCUGGUAUUAGGCAUGUGUUUCUGAUUCCAUAUUAAUUAAUUUUAGUCUGCUUCUCAACAGCUCUAUAAAUUAUUGUUUUC